AAGGUGGGAACGUCCAGGAGAGGUGGGGAACACAGAGGACAUCUCCAACACGACUAUCAUUGAACUUCCAGUCAACUUUCAAAGGUGUGGCGACCGGCAGUGGGGAGGCUCUAAUGAUGAGGAGCAGGAGGGAGUGUGGCAUAAUCCCUUUACGCUAAAGAACCUCAAUGCUAGUCAGCUGGACUUCAAGAUACGUAACCCUGAUGGAGGCAUAUACCAAAACUGUCUCAUCAUAAGAGAACUUGGAUUGUUGGACACAGACUGCAACAAACAGAGUUGCUCCGCCUGUCACACUACAGCGGGUAGUACCUGGACCUUGAGGAGCAUCUGUGAGGAGGAAAAGCGCAUGUACUACUUCGACCUGGUGGCCUUCCCACUCUACUUCCGAGGUUAUGGUGAAUACAUGGUGGAGAAGGUGGGCGACGUUUGGACCUGGUAUGAUAGCAUUACUAACAUCACCAAGGCUGUCUUACCUGUACAGGAACACCUUAAUUACCCCAUCGGUAGACAGACCUGGGACAUCAAGGAUCCAGUAUGUGGACAAGAAUCAGGAAAGAGGCAACUCACACUCUCACCCUGUACAGCUGGAGAAUUUACCUGUACUGACGGCACCUGUAUAUCAUUCGCUAGACGCUGUGAUCUGAAAUUUGACUGUGGUGACAAGACGGAUGAAAGCUUCUGUGAUAUUGUCAACUUUCCAGGGGACUACAGGUCUAAACUGCCUCCUAGACCAGUAUCGGAUCUAUCGCUGCCAAUAUCUGUCAACGUCUCCAUGGACACUAUCAAUAUUGACACCACCACCAUGUUGAUCUCUGUCAGCUACAACCUGCGUAUGACCUGGUUCGACAAUAGGCUGACCUACAACAACCUUAAGGCUCUCACUAGGCUCAAUACAGUGUCGCUGGAUCAGGUCGAGCAACUGUGGCGACCGAACGUGGGGUUCAUCAACACAGACGACAUCCAACACACGGUCGUGGAUCAGGGCGCUGUCACUACCAUCAUCAGAGAACACCCGCACUUUGUCCGUGACCUGUCCAACCCAUAUGAAGUGGAAGUCUACCGAGGGGACACCAACCCUGUAUCAACCACGAGAAAGUACAGCACUGUAUUUACCUGUAAUUUCGACUUGGUACUCUACCCAUUUGACAUCCAAACCUGUUCAAUGCAGCUACAGAUCCAGUCUGCUUCCUCUGAGUAUCUAAUAUUCAACUCAAAUGAUUCUUACGCCCAAUAUCUGGGUCAGAAGUUCCUGAUUGAGUACGGAAUUGGACUCAUAGACCUCCAGGUGGACAACGCAAUGCAGUAUAGCGAGAUGAAAGUCCGUAUUGAGUUGAUUCGACGCUAUGGCUAUGCUAUGCUAAACAUCUACAUUCCAUCCCUUACCCUUCUCAUUAUUAGCUAUGUAACGCUCUUCUUCCGGCCAACUAUAUUUGAGGUGAGAGUAAUGACUGCACUCACUGCCCUCCUGGUGUUAGCUACCCUCUUCACGCAAGUCUCAACUUCUUUACCCAAAACCUCCUACUUCAAGAUGGUGGACAUUUGGCUCCUCUUCUGCAUCGUUCUCAUAUUUUUCAUCAUCAUCUUCCACACUAUCAUUGAUUUCCAUGUUGAUUAUAGUAACACAGGAGCGCCUCUCUCCUCCAAGGGAUGGGUUGGCACGUCUCAAAGAAGCUCCGGUUCAAAUAUCGUGAAGGUAACUCCUGUAGGUGGUAAUACUAAAAGUGGCGAUGAAGAUAUGAAUAACUUGUCAAUUAAUUUCCUGAAGGUGAGGUUUGAUGCGAAGUUUUAUAUUAAUUUGUCAAAGCUUACCAUGUUUCUGGUGUUCUUUGUGUUUAAUAUUACGUAUUGGGGGACACUGGCGGUGGGUUCUGGUCUGGUUUAUUACUACUGAAGGUGGCGGUAGUGGUUUUAUUUUACUCCUGACAUACUACUACUACUACUACUUCUACUACAUUUUUUUUUAAACAUAUCCUCCAUCCUCCCCUUAUAGCCACACCUUCGCCGCCA